AGAGAGAAAAGCAGUCCAAUGCUAGCGACAAGAACAAGGUCUCUAUUGGCCCUAUCAUUUACACCCAUCCGUACUGUACAAUUUCGCUUGGCAUCGCCACACAAGAUAAAAAGAUUGGCCAUGUGGUCGCACUGGGUAAGAGAAGAGGCACGUGAGAGGCGCAUGAUAGGGAGAAUCGAUCCUUUGCUUGUGGAAGGAGGCGAGUGG